CAACGAACAAUUGCUUCCGUACCCUCUGUAACUGUUUACGUACUAUCAACCUGGCAGGACACACUGCAAAGGUGCUUAUCGCAGUAUAGAAUAAACAUUGAUACUGGAAGAACAGAGUUGCACAUUGCAUUGCGGCAUCGAAGAAAUUAAGCCAGAGUGCAGUUCACGUCAUAUGUAGUAGAGAGCUAGGUAGUGAGUACAAUAUAAUAAGUCUCAGCCAGCUUCCACAAAACGCGAAGAAAGUUAACGAGGAUCGAUCUCUCGGGCAACAGUCCGAGAUUUCAAUAAUUCAAUAGCAGCUAAGCGUAGUGCCAGUGCAGACGUUGCUUUGGAAGGUUGUUCGCAGAGCACUGAAACCCAAUCUGCCUCUGAAGAUUAUUUUCCUGAAGUUGCUGUCCCUGUCAUCUAACCACCCGGAGGAAUAGCCAAGACCAGCCAGCAGCAAGCAAAGAUGACCGACCAAAUCUCCAAGUUAUUCGAGCUGGAUGGAUACCUUAGACCGCAUGAAACGGAAAUCCGAAGAAGGAACAACGAGCUCAAGAAUUGGUUGAACAAGCUGAAUCAGCUUGAAGGGGGCUUGGAUCAGUUUACACAGGGCUAUAAAUAUUACGGCAUCCACAUCAAUGCCGACAACAGCGUAGUGGCCCGCGAAUGGGCACCGGGCGCCAAAGAGCUCUACCUUACCGGAGAAUUCAACAACUGGCAAUGGAUCGACAACCCCUACAAACAACUUCCGUUCGGAAAGUGGGAACUGACCAUUCCACCAAAUGCGGAUGGUAGCUGCGCUAUCAAACAUCUGUCCGAGGUGAAAGUGAUCGUUCGGAAGCAUGAUGGAUCGUUGGUUGAUCGUCUGUCACCGUGGGCUCCUUACGUGGUUCCCCCACCGAAGACGAUGGGUGUCAACUAUCAGCAGCGGAUAUGGCAUCCUCCAGCCCACGACAAGUACAUGUGCCGUCAGCCUCGUCCCCCGAAGCCCCGUGCUCUAAGGAUCUACGAGUGCCACGUGGGAAUUGCCACCGAAGAGCUUGGUGUUGGUACUUACCGAAAUUUCGGCGAUAACAUUAUCCCGCGUAUCAAGAAACUCGGCUACAAUACGAUCCAGGUGAUGGCCAUCAUGGAACACGCGUACUAUGCCAGUUUCGGAUACCAAGUAACAAGCUUCUUUGCGGCAUCCAGUCGACCUGGAACGCCCGAUGAUCUUAAGUAUAUGGUCGAUAAGGCCCAUGAGGCGGGACUUUUCGUUCUGUUGGAUGUUGUCCAUUCGCAUGCCAGUAAGAACGUCCAAGAUGGAUUGAACCAGUUCGACGGCACCAACGCUUGCUACUUCCAUGACGGUAGCCGGGGCGAGCACACACUGUGGGACAGCCGACUGUUUAACUAUUCAGAGUACGAAGUGUUGCGAUUCCUGCUGUCAAAUCUUCGAUGGUGGCACGAUGAGUACAACUUCGAUGGGUAUCGGUUCGAUGGAGUCACCUCUAUGUUGUACCAUUCCCGGGGUAUUGGUGAAGGAUUUUCUGGCGACUACAAUGAAUACUUCGGUUUGAACGUUGAUACCGAGGCGCUGAUUUAUCUGGCCAUAGCCAACGAUUUUCUGCACAAGUUGAAUCCCAAUAUGAUAACGAUCGCCGAAGAUGUAAGCGGCAUGCCAACGUUGUGUCGCCCUACGGAAGAAGGUGGCGUUGGGUUCGAUUUCCGUCUUGGUAUGGCAAUUCCGGACAAGUGGAUCCAGCUGCUGAAAACAAAGUCGGAUGAAGAUUGGAACAUUGGAAAUAUUGUGCAUACGUUAACCAAUCGCCGGUGGAAGGAAUGGACUGUGGCCUACGCCGAAUCGCACGACCAAGCUUUGGUGGGCGAUAAGACUAUUGCCUUCUGGCUGAUGGAUAAGGAAAUGUACACCCACAUGUCAACUUGUUCCGAUUCUAGCUUGAUCAUUGACCGAGGUCUUGCCUUACAUAAAAUGAUUCGGCUGAUUACGCACGCACUCGGUGGAGAGGCUUAUCUUAAUUUUAUGGGCAACGAGUUCGGACAUCCGGAAUGGCUUGACUUCCCCAGAAUUGGAAACAACGAGUCGUAUCACUACGCCCGUAGACAGUGGCACUUGGUCGAUGAUCAAUUGCUGAAGUACCGUUUUCUCAACGAAUUUGAUUGUGCCAUGAACGCUACCGAGGAGAAGUAUCACUGGCUCAAUUGCUUGCCAGCCUAUGUCAGCUGGAAGCACGAGGACGACAAGGUGAUCGCAUGUGAACGCAACAACCUGCUGUUUGUGUUCAACUUUCACAAUAGUAAAAGUUUCACCGAUUACCGCAUCGGCGUCGAGUUGGCCGGAAAGUACCGCGUUGUGUUGAGUACCGACGAUAAAGAAUUUGGUGGAUGGGGUCGAGUUGACAAAAAUGUCGAGCAUUCCACCUUCCCGGAAGGGUGGGCUGGACGAAGGAACUACAUCCAACUGUAUAUCCCGAGUCGUGUGGCUUUCGUGCUGGCACCGCAGUAAAGAAUGCUUAGAGGGAAGGGACUGCAUGCUGCCACUCAAUUUCCACUUGGGUACUUGAAACAACUGUACAUUACCAAAUAGUAAUGGUGAUCAACCAGAGCUGGAGAUUAUUUUAUAAUAUGCAUUAUUUGUUAUUUUAUUUUAUUCUGUUUUGUUUCGCUACUUAGGUACAAAUUAAAGUUACUAUUUACAAACAUAAUUGGAUGCCAUAGGCAAAAUUUAGCUGUGAAUAUAAGAGCAAUAAAACUGUUUGUAAGAAAAAAAUCAAA